AAAGCUACAAUUGAGGAGGUAAGCAAAACAAUUAUUCAUUAACUUUUUCUUAUAUAUGUAAUAAAUGUUUGGAGAACUAGAAUAACCAAUCUAAAUGAUUUUUUACGAACAUAGUAAAUGUUAACACUUUUGAGCCAAUUAUUGCAGUGCAAGAGAAUGAUGAGAAGCAAUCUUCAACUGGCCAAAUGGGCAGUAACGGGUCACUUGCCUAGCUUUGAUGAGUACCUAGAUGUUUCUGGUGUCGAGAUCGCUCUAUAUUUUACCCUGGCAUGUAUUUUGAUGGGUAUGGAAAAUAUCUGCAAGAAAGAAGCUUAUGAGUGGUUGAAAUCUAGAGACAAACUCGUUAGAGCAUUGACCGCAAAAGCACGAGUGUUGAAUGAUAUACUUGGCUUCGAGGAUGACAUGAGCCGAGAAUAUGUCACGAACUCGAUCAACUGUUAUAAUAAACAAUAUGGAGUUACAGAAGAAGAGGCUUUUAGAAAGCUUCAUCAAAUGGUUGCAGACCUUGAUAAGAUGAUGAAUGAGGAGUUUUUGAAGACAAUUUAUUAUCUUAAGAUAUUCAUUAUCGACACUUUACGCGCAGCGAAUGUUAGUUAUGAAAAGGAUGAUGAAUUCACCCGUCCUGGUGAACAUCUCAAGAACUGUAUCACGUCACUGUACGUUGAUCUUCAAGGACUUUGAUUUAUCAAACUUACUUGUGGUUUAGUUUGUAAUUGGGUACAAAUCUCUAUCUCGCGUCUCUUGUGUGUCUUUAGGUGUUUUCAGUUGUUGUUUUUCAAGUCAAAGUUUCUUUGUGCAUUGAA